AAGCACAUAAAGCAUUCAGAGGCGAUCGUAUGUCAAAAUAAAAACAGAAAUCCUCUAUAUGUGUAUUUGUAUCUCGCAUCGCCUUGAUCAUUUAAUACAAACAUGUAUUUUUCUCAACGCACGACACACACUCACUCACACCGAAUUUUAGAGCCAAAUUUUAGCUGAGUAACGUACUUUCUCACACAGAAGCUCAAGAAAAUUCGUUGAGUUCAGACCGAUCUGGAUCAGUAUAACAGAAACGAAGGAAAAAGAAAUCGAUUCAUAAAUUAAAAUAAGUGGACAUAAAAUUUUAUUACUUUUUUCCUCGAUUUAUUAGUGAAUUAAACAUGUUUACCAUACGGAAUAUUGCCAAUUUAUCAAAGCACAUGUGCAAUGCUUUGAAGCGGCCCCAAAUGAUGUACAGUACGGGAAUUGUGGAAAAGGCUGUACCAGUGACAUUUCUUACCGAAGACGAGAAAAUGAUGAAGGAAACAGUGGCAAAAUUGGCGAAAGAGCAAAUCGCUCCGUUGGUAUCAAAAAUGGAUGAAGACAAUCAAUUGGACGCAACAGUGAUAAAGAUGCUCUUUGAUAAUGGACUGAUGGGAAUUGAAACGCCAGUAGAGUAUGGUGGCAGUGGGUGCAAUUUUAUGACCUCAAUGCUGGUUGUUGAAGAAUUGUCGAAAGUAGAUGCAUCAGUCGGAGCCUAUGUUGAUAUUCAUAAUACUCUAGUAAACAAUUUGAUGUUAAAAGUUGGUACGGAAGCACAAAAGGAAAAAUAUUUGCCAAUUUUGGCGCAACAAGCAUCGGGCAGCUUUGCAUUGACUGAACCAUCAUCAGGGUCAGAUGCCUUUGGACUGAAGACAACAGCCAAACAAGACGGCGAUCACUAUGUGAUCAAUGGUACAAAAAUGUGGAUCUCAAACUCGGACGUUUCACAGGUGUUUUUGGUGAUGGCCAACGUUGACCCAUCAAAGGGCUACAAAGGAAUCUCCACUUUCAUCGUUGAACGAGAUACGCCCGGUUUCACCGUUGGCAAAAAAGAAAACAAAUUAGGUAUUCGAGCAUCUGGCACGUGUAUGCUCCACUUUGAUAACGUUCGAGUGCAUAAAGAUAAUGUGCUCGGAGUAAUUGGCCACGGAUACAAAUAUGCAGCUGCCUAUUUAAAUGAAGGUCGUAUCGGUAUUGGUGCUCAAAUGCUUGGCAUUGCUCAAGGCUGUUACGAUGCUACAAUCCCAUACCUGUUGGAACGUAAACAAUUCGGCAAAGAGAUCUAUGACUUUCAAUCGAUGCAACAUCAAGUAGCCACCAUUGCGACACAAAUCGAAGCGGCUCGUCUAUUGACCUACAAUGCGGCCCGUUUGGUUGAAGCCGGUGCACCAUUCAUGAAAGAAGCCGCCAUGGCCAAAUACUAUGCAUCCGAAAUCGCACAAACGACAACCAUCAAGUGUAUUGACUGGAUGGGAGGAGUCGGUUUUACCAAAGAUUUCCCACAAGAGAAAUUCUAUCGUGAUGUCAAGAUUGGUUCAAUUUACGAAGGAACAACAAACAUGCAGCUCAGUACAAUUGCCAAAGCCGUGCGCAAGGAAUACAGUGAAUGAAAUCCGUUCAUGUCAUAAACCCUUCCAUUUAUUUGAUAAUUUUCGUGCAUUUAAACGCUUCUUUUUUCUCUCUUUUUUUUUAUAAUAAACACAAUAAAGCAAACAAUAAACGAGAGUGAUACGUCCUUAUUUUCAUUUGGUCGAUAAACUGA